CAGAGCAACCUCCUCAAAAGUCAAAACGCACAAACACAAGGCUUCCUUUCACUUCGAUUUCAAUUACCAAUUUAAGAAAACAAUUCCGAGGUCGGAGAUGGAAAGAGACGGUAUCAACGUGGCGGAGAUGAAGCCGAAGAAGCGUGCUGGACGACGUAUCUUCAAGGAGACACGUCACCCAAUCUACAGAGGCGUCCGGCGUAGGAACGGCGACAAAUGGGUCUGCGAAGUCCGCGAACCGAUCAACCAGCGCCGAGUCUGGCUAGGAACUUAUCCCGUAGCGGAGAUGGCGGCGCGUGCUCACGACGUGGCGGUUCUUGCCUUACGCGGGAGAUCCGCGUGUUUGAAUUUCUCUGACUCUGCCUGGCGGUUGCCGGUGCCGGAAUCAACCGAUCCGGAUACGAUCAGGCGCACGGCGGCCGAGGCGGCGGAGAUGUUUAGGCCGCCGGAGUUUAGUACCGGAAUCACUGUUUUGCCCUUGUCCGGUGAGUUUGAAACGUCGGAAGGAGAAGGAGUCGCUGGAAUGAUGAUGAGGCUCGCGGAGGAGCCGUUGAUGUCGCCGCCGAGAUCGUACAUUGAUAUGAAUACGAGUGUGUACGCUGAAGAAGAAAUGUGUUACGAAGAACUGUCACUUUGGAGUUACUAAAGACAAAAACAAAAAUACGUAUUCUUCGAUACGUAUAUGUAAUGUAUGUAUGUAAUGUGUGGGUAAGUAACUUAGACUUCUGAAGGGAGAUGGAAGGUUCUGAGAUUCUUGGAAUCUUUUGGUUUUUGUGUGAAGCAAGUCUUUGUAAUGGUUUGCUUUGCUUUGCUUUUUCGUAUAUUAUGCAAAAUAAAAUGGGCGUAAUGAUGGACUUAGAUAAUGAUAGGUCCAGCCUAUGUUGUAUGUAAGUUUAUUUUCUUGGUUCACCUAGUUUCCUAGGGAUUUUACCUUCAUGUACUAUCAAUUAGUAGUAGUAUGUACGUAGGAAUGACAUCCUAUUUCUCCUUCAAAACUAUUACAUCGUACCACAAGAUCCACCCCGAUCUUUGAUCUCGUCUUACAUAUCCCUUAGCAAAUGUUCCUCAACUUAUUUCUACCCAAAUUGACUAAAACUCCCCAAAAUAAUUGUUUCUCAUCUAGCUUCCCAUGAAUCGGUUUACUCUUGGUAUUCUAUUUAUAAAACCAACUAAUGAAAUCUAUUAACCAGAUUAAACUUGAUUUCAAUCCAAUUAGCCCCAAUUAGAACAAAAACCAGAUUUAAAUCAAAUGUUUCUUCUUCGUCUUCUUCGCUUCCUCUUCUUUUUCAUCAAUUCCCUUUCCAUGACAAAUAAAGCAGAUGAUCCCAUUUACAUAAGAAAAUUUGUAGAUUCCAAGAGAAAGAUCCCAUGAAGAAGACUAGAAAGAAAGUGAAAAGUAAAAGUAUCAAAACGAUGAGAAGACGCAGCUCCAUCAAUCAAACAUUUUCUUCUACGUGAUCUGUAUUCCCAUGGCUUCUGGAUCUUACUGGUGUUACAGCUAUAGCCGCUUCGUUUGGGUUUCUGAUUCCAUCUUUUGCCCUGAUUGCGACGGUGGUAUUCUCGAACACAUCCAAGAACCUCUCGAUUUCACUCCUUCCGAUUCAUCAUAUGAUGUUUUUUUAAAAAAAAUUUGUCUGAAAUUUUGUAAGUUUGUAGAGUUUUCUAAACUAAUUAUAAUGUAUAAGUCUAUGGGUUAAUCUUAAUUGGAAUGAUUUUUGGUCAGUUACGAUGAU